AGUUGAAUAAUUAUCGCGUUGAAAUGGGCCCUGCUGUGAAUUUCACGAAUAUACUUGUUCCGAUCGCCGCAUUUCCUAGUCAUAAUCAGUGAGCGUUUGAUUUCACGUCGCAUUGAUCAGUCUCGGUUGCUAAACGAUUCACAAAUGGAAAAAAGAGAAACGAAACCAGCGCAAAGCGCUAAAUAUCAGUACAUUGGUACCUUUGUGGUAAAUUUAUUAUCAAUUUCUUAUGGCGUCUCCGGUGGUUGGGCAAGUCCUAGUAUAAUUUUGUUGAUGUCGGAUGAAACGCCGUUGCCAUCAGGCAAAAUCACAAUGGAAGAAGCCUCUUGGAUUGUGUCAUUAGUGUACUUGGGUGGUAUUCCGGGAAAUAUGGUUUUUGGUUUCAUCACCAAUCGCUUUGGCCGAAAGUGGCCAUUAAUUAUUGCGACAAUUCCAAUCAUCAUCAGCUGGUUGCUCAUUCUAUACGCGGAGAAUCUUUAUCAUUUGUACGCGUCGCGACUGUUGAAUGGCUUCAUCGGUGGUGGCCUAUUCGUCGUGAUUCCUUUGUACCUUAGUGAAAUAUCCAUCGAUAGUGUACGAGGUGUUUUAGGAUCGACAUUGAUAUUGUCCGAAAAUGUUGGCAUCUUGUUGGCCUUUACUUUGGGCUAUCUGUGUGAUUUUUACACAAUUCCAAAGGUGGUAAUUGGAUUGACUGCGUUGUGCGCUGUUUUAAUUUGUUUCUUACCCGAUACUCCAUCGUUUCUUAUGAAACAAAAUCGCAUAGAUUCCGCACGGAAAUCGAUUCGAUUCUAUCAAAAUUUAAGGAGAAAGAACACUGAUUAUGACUUGGUGCAGAUGGAAAUAAAAAAACUGCAAAACACAAUUCCCGAUGUAAAAACGGAACGUUCAAUGAAAUGGUCUGAUUUGACAACGCGACCGGCUCGUCGUGCCAUUCUCAUUGGAGUUGUUUUAAUGGCAAUGAAUCAAUUAUGUGGAGCAUUUGCCAUGUUAAACUAUACGGCAUAUGUAUUUGAAGAGGCUGGAUCGAGUAUGUCAUCGAAUGAGUCGGCGAUUGUAGUGGGUAUAAUUUCAAUUCUGGGAUCUCUGAUCUCGACAAAUCUUGUUGACCGAGCCGGGCGGAAAAUCCUGUUUUUCGUAUCUUCCGUUGGGGCUGCCUUGGGUUUAGUUACAUUGGGUACAUAUGUGAUGCUAAAAUCGUGGGAUUACGACGUUGAACCUUUCAAUUGGAUUCCAAUUGCAAGUUUUUCAUUUGUCGUUUUCAUCGCAUCGUUGGGCGUGUUGAAUCUUCCGUUCUUGGUGAUCUCAGAAAUUUUCCCGGAAAAUAUCAAAGACUUUGCCGUGUCAUUUUGCAUGAUAGUGUUGGAACUAUUAACAUUUAUAGUGGUAAAAUGGUUACCGUUCAUCAUGGGAUCACUUGGUUUUCACGGAAGUAUGUUCCUGUUUGCCGGUAUAUGUUUGCUUGGCGAAGUGUUUAUCAUUAUAUUCCUGCCAGAGACAAAAGGAAAAAGCUACGAACAAAUCAUGGACAUUGGUGCACUGCUCAUUAUAUACACUCCAAAUGGAUACUACUUGUGUGUGGCAAGAUUUAUCAAUGGGUUUGUGGGAGGCGGAGGUUACCAGAUUGUUCCGCUACUUCUCGCCGAAGUGGCUAACAAUCGUAUUCGAGGCACCACAGUUUCAUCGCUGGUCCUGACCGAGAAUUCCGGCAUUUUACUAGCCUUCAUUAUUGGAAGCUAUUGUGAUUACUAUGUGACACCGACAGUUGUGGCUGCUUUAACUGUGAUAUUUGGCGUUUUGCUUUGUUUCUUCCCCGGAACACCAACAUUCCUUGAAGCUAAAAAGUCAAUUAGAUUCUACCAAAACCUACGUGAAGGAGAAACAGAUGACAAAUUGGUCGAAAUUGAAAAAGAAAAACUGAAGUGUACGGUCAGUGAUGCGAACUUGUUAACGAUCGCCUUUGGAAUGACCGAGGGAUGGACAAGCCCAAGCGUUCUUUUGUUGACAUCAGAUGAAUCGCCAUUGCCAUCGGGAAAAAUUACCAUGGAAGAAGCUUCAUGGAUUGCAUCACUUUUAUGCCUCGGUCUCUUUGGAAAUAUAUUUUUCUGCUAUGUUAUCAACAAAUUCGGAAGAAAAAAACCACUACUACUCAUCACCGUUCCGACCAUCAUUAGUUGCUUGCUCGUCAUAUACGCUCCAAAUGCAUACUAUUUGUGUGUGGCCAGAUUUAUCAAUGGGUUUGUUGGCGGCGGAGGUUACGUCAUCGUUCCAAUAUACUUGUCCGAAAUAUCAUUCGAUCGUGUUCGUGGGGCCAUAGUUACAUCAUUGGUGGUGACUGAAAAUUUCGGCAUGUUAGUGUCAUACAUUAUUGGAAACUUUUAUGAUUUCUACGUGACACCGAAAGUUAUGAUUGUUUUAACGGUUAUAUUUGGUGUUUUGCUUUGUUUCUUCCCUGAGUCGCCGACAUUCCUUUUGAAACAGAACAGAAUUUCCGAAGCUGAAAGGUCGAUUCGAUUUUAUCAGAACUUGGGCGAGAAUAGCAAAGAUAAUAAAUUAUUAGAGAUCGAAUUGACCAAACUAAAGAGUGCCGUCUGUGAUGGUGAAGAUGAAAAAAGCAAAGAAAAUGCAUUCGAUUGGUCUGAUCUUAGAACAAAAACAGUACGAAAGGCUAUGACAAUUGGAGUUAUACUAGCUUCGCUGAAUCAAUUCAGUGGAGUUGCAACGAUGUUGAAUUAUACCGCAACUAUUUUCCAAGAGGCCGGUUCCAAUCUAACUCCAAAUGUAUCAACAAUUAUCAUUGGAGUAAUUUUAAUGUUUAGUGCGCUCAUUGCUGCUCAACUCGUUGACCGAGCUGGACGAAAGAUCUUAUUCGCAGUAUCGAAUUUUGGAACAGCGCUAGGUCUAACCGUGUUGGGAGUAUACAUGUCCCUUAAGUCAAGUGGUUACCCCGUCGAAGCUUUCUAUUGGCUUCCAGUUACGUGCUUUUCAUUUGUCAUUUUUGUCGCUGCAUUGGGAAUUUUAUCAAUACCUUUCAUCGUGUUGGCCGAAAUCAUGCCCGAAAAAGUCAAGGAUUUUAAUGUUUCGGUGUGCAUGACACUUCUGUGGAUCUUCGCAUUCCUCACCACCAAGUAUUUGCCAUUUUUAACGGAUUUUCUUGGUUUCGGUGGGAGCAUGUUCCUAUUUGCUGGAGUGUGCGUAGCCUGUGAACUAUUCAUAAUGUUCUUUAUGCCAGAGACAAAGGGCAAAAGUCAUGAAGAAAUCAUGGAAUUGCUUCGAUAA